GUAUCUCCUCUUAGAGUAGAGUAAUGUAUAAGAUAUUGCUUGUUAGACAUGGUAGCUGAACUGGCUACCCAUUAGUGGGAUGUCUUUUUCAACAAAUUAAGGCCGAUUUAUUAGGACGAACAUCUCGAUCGUAGCUGACUUUGAGCUUAGCAGAUGGGAACGAGUCAUAUUGGCAGAAAUUGUACUCUGAAGUGAUAAUUAGACAUUAGAGGAAAUUGCUGAGCUAUAGUCGUUCGUUAUCUUCUAGUAUAAAUGCAAUGUGAUAUAGGAGGAAUUUUCCAGAACGCGUAAUAGAUCGACCUUAGUUUGUCAGAUACCGUAGUUUUCUAGUGGUGUAGAAAGCUUGGCAGCGAAUUGGGUAUUUUGCUUGUCAGACGAGUCUUCGGCUUUCACGGGGAGAGUAUUUCCCGGAGCUGAUAAUGUACAGUAAAAUGUCUAUUGUCUGUACUCUAGGGUAUCCUCACAUGGAAGGCAGGUUUUUUCUGCUGAGUGGCUGAGUGGAAGUUCAGCUUUUCUAGUUUUCAGUUUUCACCGAUCAAAAACAAAAAAAAAAAAUUCAAGUCUUUCUGAUUAUUAGAGCGGUAAAGGGGGAUAUGAUUUUUACCCCGGGCGAGUUCUUCGAACCUGGUGGCCUGGCUUGUUACGGUAAGAAAUCAUCUUUUUAAUCUCGCUAUUUUUCCCUUUCAAUUCAUUUGCUUUUUUGGAAUCUAGUAUCUCCUGACGCUCCAGAUCUUGGAAUUUUCUUACAUGAAUGGUUUUUUUAGCGUGUUACCUCAACAGGUAGCAAUUUAUGAUCCUUACGUUCGUGGCCUGGUCCAAGAAAGACAUUUCAUUAACUCCACCGUGGUGGAUAGCUAGCUUCUAUAUGUACACAAACGACAGCAGAAGAUAAUCAUGAGGUACAGAAAACAUGAGCGGUGAAGAAAAGGAAACGCAGACUCUCUGGCUUUCGCUGAAGAAGUCUUUUCAGAACUGCAAGUCGGAGCCUGCGGCUGUGGCCAGUGGUCCAACUCCGAAGAGGAAUCUAUGCAGUUCUACCUGUUCGAGAUCUUUGUCUAAUCUUAGAGAUGUCAUUCAUGGAAGCAAACGGCAUUCUGAUGAUGAUAACAAUCGUAAGGUUCUUGCUUGCAGCCCGAGGUCUCUUGGCAGCGGAGAUUUCCUCAACCCUGUGACUCAUGAAGUAGUGCUGAGUGAUACCACGGCUGAGCUCAAGAUAACAAUGUUGUCUCAUGACUCUCAUCCAAGUCCUGUGGCGCUGACCUCUCCCGAGAUUCUUCGAAGAAAGGUACCGGCGGUUUCACUGGGUUAUGGCGGUGGCGAAGAGAAGCCUUCUCGGUUCAGGAGUGAUGGACAUUGUGAUGAUGGAGUAUCGACUCUGACUUGCAGGAAGUGCGGUAAGCAGUUUAAGAAGGCGGAGGAGGUUGAAGAGCAUCAAGUCUCCGACCAUGCUGUUAGUGAGCUAAUAGAUGGCGACUCAUCAAGGAGAAUAGUGGAAAUCAUCUUCCGAACAAGCUGGCCGAAAUCCGAGAGCAACCCCAUCCGCAUAGAACGAGUAUUCAAGGUAAACAACACCCGGACCACUCUCUCCCACUUCGAGCAUCACCGAGAGAAGGUCAAGCUCAGGGCCACCAAGCUUUCGACGAAGCACCCUCGCUGCCUCGCGGAUGGCAACGAGCUGUUGAGGUUCCAUGGCACGACAGUCGCAUGUUCUCUCGGCACAAUAACGACCAAUGGCUCGUCUUCGUCAAUCCUCUGCAGGGCGGACGAUUGUGGGGUGUGUGGAAUUCUGAGACGUGGAUUCUCUUUGGAUAAGAGGAAUGGUUUUGGUGUUUUCACUGCUUCAACUAGCAAGAGAGCGUUGGAGGAGGCGCGUGGAGACUGUGGGAGGAGGAAGGCGUUGGUUCUGUGCAGAGUGAUAGCCGGGAGGGUUCAUAAACCGGUGGAGAAUGUUGAAGAGAUGAUGAUGGGGAGUCGGUCCGCUGGGUUCGAUUCGGUUGCUGGGAAAAUCGGUCAGCAUUCAAGCGUUGAGGAGCUCUAUUUGCUUGACCCUAAAGCUCUCCUCCCUUGCUUUGUGGUGAUUUGUAGACCUUGAAAGUUGGAUGUUUUUCCCCUAAUUGCCAUUUCUCAAUGAAAAGUUUCUGUCACAAACUGUGACAAGAACCAGAUGGACAGAACUUCAUUUUAACGAUUGAAGUACGGGAGAUUACUCUUCACUUGAUUAACAUUUGACUCUGCAUAGACUGUGCUGUAAGGAUUAAUGGGGAGAUAGCAUGAUUCAUUGGGGAGAUUACAUUGAAAAGAAAAACGCUUAUUGGUUGCUUUGUGGAAUUGAAGGAAAAAGUAUGUUCUGUGCUUGAAAAUUACAUGCUGAGAAUCAGUUGUGACGAUGAUUUUUGUUGUGCUUAUGUAAGUAGCCGUUCAUUCCAAAAGAGAAUUUCAGUCGACCAUUUGGGCUCGUUUCUAUCGGGCUUUUGUAACGAGCUCGAUUGUAUUCUAACUAAAUUUUCUUCGCGUUAUUGAUCGUUCUGUCCCACAGGUUCAAUUACCAGCUCAUUUUCUUGGAAGACCAUGUGAAAAUUUUGUAUUCAAUCAUUAUCUCAAUCCAAUCCACCCACAUAAAUAUUUAAUUCAUUU